AUGGCGUACCACACCAUACGAGGUUUAGCUGAGGCAUGCCAGCAGCGUCACCAGUAUAUCCCGGCAGUGGCCCUCCAGCCCAAGGGUGGAAAGUCUCCUCUAUGGCUUGUGCAUGCCGCGGCGGGCGAAGCACUUAUAUUUAUCAACCUUGCCAGGCUUAUUAAUGAUCAACCCGUCUAUGCUUUCAAGGCUCGCGGAUUCGUAUGUGGCGAGAUAUACUUCACAAGUAUUGAUGAAUGCGUCCGCACUUAUUAUGAGGCAAUAAAGGAGCUUCAACCGCACGGCCCACACGCUAUACUUGAAUACUCCUAUGGUGGGAUGCUGGCGUUUGAGCUUGCCAAGAUUUGGAGAAGGAAGAAGAUCAGCCUGAACCGUCCUCCAUAUGUAAGCGCACGUCUGCAGGAGGUCAAGUGGACCGAUUGUCUGGUGAACAUUUCUUACUUCUUGGGCCUUCUGUCUCGAGCCUCAUUCCGCGACCUCCUUCAGCAGCUAUACCACCUACCUAAGAAAGAGGCAACCGCCUGCUUGAUCAAGGUAGCUGACCCAGCUCGCCUCGUAGCUUUAGCGCUCGAUAAUGACAAGCCAGAGCAAUGGAUCGACGUCGCCCCUAGUCCGCAAGAGGUAGGCAGGAACUACACGCCACAAGGAUCAGUGGCACAUAUGGACGUUUUCCACUGCGACCCUCUCGAGUUCCUCAAUGUUACACCUCAAGAGUGGCAACAACGUCUGUCUUCUUGGAGAGAUUCUCAAGGCAGAGGAUCAACUUCUUUCACGUGCCAGGCGAGCACUUCACUGUUCUGGGACCGGCAAACGUCUAAACAUUCCUCAACCGAUUGA